GAUGUCUCAAGAUGGCGGAGCUGGGAGAAUUAAAGCACAUGGUGAUGAGUUUCCGAGUAUCUGAGCUCCAGGUGCUCCUUGGCUUUGCUGGCCGGAACAAGAGUGGAAGGAAGCACGAGCUCCUGGCCAAGGCCCUGCACCUUCUCAAAUCCAGCUGUGCUCCCAGUGUCCAGAUGAAGAUCAAAGAGCUUUACCGCCGACGCUUUCCCCGGAAGACCCUGGGGCCCUCUGAUCUCUCCUUGAUCUCUCUGCCCCCUGGUACCCCUCCUGUAGGCUCCCCUGGUCCGCUAGCUCCCAUUCCCCCAGCCCUCUUGGCCCCUGGCACCAUGCUGGUGCCCAAACGUGAAGUAGACAUGCACCCUUCUCUGCCCCAGCCUGUGCACCCUGAUGUCACCAUGAAACCAUUGCCUUUCUAUGAAGUCUACGGGGAGCUCAUCCGGCCCACCACCCUUGCAUCCACUUCUAGCCAGCGAUUUGAGGAAGCGCACUUCACCUUUGCCCUUACACCCCAGCAAGUGCAGCAGAUCCUCACAUCCAGGGAGCUUCUGCCAGGAGCCAAAUGUGAUUAUACCAUACAGGUGCAGCUAAGGUUCUGUCUCUGUGAGACCAGCUGCCCCCAGGAGGAUUAUUUCCCCCCCAACCUCUUUGUCAAGGUCAAUGGGAAACUGUGUCCCCUGCCGGGUUACCUUCCCCCCACCAAGAAUGGGGCUGAGCCCAAGAGGCCCAGCCGCCCCAUCAACAUCACACCGCUGGCUCGACUCUCAGCCACUGUUCCCAAUACCAUCGUGGUCAACUGGUCAUCUGAGUUUGGACGGAAUUACUCCUUGUCUGUAUACCUGGUGAGGCAGUUGACUGCAGGGACCCUUCUACAAAAGCUCAGAGCAAAGGGCAUCCGGAACCCAGACCACUCCCGGGCACUGAUCAAGGAGAAAUUGACUGCUGACCCAGACAGCGAGGUUGCUACUACGAGUCUGCGAGUGUCACUCAUGUGCCCGCUAGGGAAGAUGCGGCUGACAGUCCCCUGCCGUGCUCUUACCUGCACCCACCUGCAGAGCUUCGAUGCUGCCCUUUAUCUACAGAUGAAUGAGAAGAAACCAACGUGGACAUGUCCUGUGUGUGACAAGAAGGCUCCCUAUGAAUCUCUGAUCAUUGAUGGUUUAUUCAUGGAGAUUCUUAAUUCCUGCUCGGACUGUGAUGAGAUCCAGUUCAUGGAAGAUGGAUCCUGGUGCCCAAUGAAACCUAAGAAGGAGGCAUCUGAGGUUUGCCCCCCACCAGGGUAUGGGCUGGAUGGCCUCCAGUACAGUCCAGUCCAAGAGGGAAAUCCAUCAGAGAAUAAGAAGAAGGUUGAAGUUAUUGAUCUGACAAUAGAAAGCUCUUCAGAUGAGGAGGACCUGCCCCCGACCAAGAAGCACUGUCCUGUCACCUCAGCUGCCAGCCCAGCCCUGCCUGGAAGCAAAGGAGUCCUGACCUCUAGUCAUCAGCCAUCCUCAGUGCUACGGAGCCCUGCUAUGGGCACGUUGGGCGGGGACUUCCUGUCCAGUCUCCCACUACAUGACUACCCACCUGCCUUCCCACUGGGGGCUGAUAUGCAAGGUUUAGAUUUAUUUUCUUUCCUUCAGACUGAGAGUCAGCACUAUGGCCCCUCCGUCAUCACCUCGCUAGACGAACAGGAUGCCCUUGGCCACUUCUUCCAGUACCGGGGGACCCCUUCCCACUUCCUGGGCCCGCUGGCCCCGUUGGGGAGCUCCCAUCGCAGCUCCCCUCCAGCACCCCCUCCAGGCCGUGUCAGCAGUAUUGUGGCUCCUGGGGGGACACUGAGGGAGGGGCAUGGAGGACCCCAACCCUCAGGGCCCUCCUUGACUGGCUGUCGCUCAGACAUCAUCUCCCUGGACUGAGUCCCCUGGAUUGUGGAACCUUCACUGCCCCCCAAACCCUGAACAAGUAUGAAGUGGAGUCCAGACCCCUGGCCACUCGGACUCAGGGGCUUUGGCCAAAGGCCCGACAGACCUUCAUGGACACCUGACUUUUGGCCAUCUCUGCCUGAUAAGGCCAGCACUCAAAGGGUUAAUAUUUAACCUCAUUUUAAGGACAUAUGGGGUCUAUUUUUGGAACUGUUCUUUGGACAGCUGCACAUUCCUUUGGGUAUGUUAACCUAGGCAGUGGCAGGCAAGGGAUGGGAUUUGAGUUAGGGUAAGGGCUGAAUCAGCCUUACCUAUGUCGAAAGCCUUGAGAGGAGUGGGCCCCUCUCUUGUCCAGAUGCCCUGUCCUCCCAUCCCCAAACCCAUAGCUCUGUUUUUUCCCCGCAUCCAUUGUCUCUUCAUGUCCAUUCUGUUCCCUUUGGCCAAACAAGUGGAGAAACUGAGACAGACACAUGGACAGAGAACUCUAUUUUGGGUUGCAAUUUUUUUUUUUUUGUACAUAAAUAAGAAAAACCAAAAUA